AUGUGGCUCCAGAUCCAGCCUGCAGCUACUGGGGCAGAGGGAGGGGGGAGGAAGGGAGGAGGUGGGAGGAGGGGUGGGUACAUCCUGGGUGUGCCCCCGGCUGCACCCUGCUCUUCAGGAGGCGUAGGGGAGGAGGAGGGCCCCCUGCUGCUCCUCAAGCUGGGUGACGGCCGACAGGUGGGCCGCCUCGGCUUCGGGGACGGGGUUCAACAGGUAACCCCCCCCUCCCUCCCGCUCCCUCCCCCAUCAAACCACACCCCUUCCCUCUGCUCUCCCCACCCCCCCACCAUCCCAGUGCAGCAUCAAGACUACGGCGAAUAG